AUGGAAAGACCCGGAAAAUCAGAACUACUGUUCAACUACAUCCAGCCGGCGAAUCAGCUGACGAAGGGAUCAGACUACUCGCUGUUCAAGGAGAACAUAGAGCCCUCGUGGGAGGAUGCGGCCAACAAGAAUGGGGGCAGAUGGAUAGUCACAAUCAACAAGGCCAAAGUGGAUGAGAAAACCAACAUCGACAAGUACUGGCUCGAAACGGUGCUGCUGUUGAUUGGGGAGGGCUUCGAGGACUGUCUGGGGGAUCUGGUGGUGGGGGCAGUGGUGAGCAUAAGGGGCAAGUACAACAGAGUGGCCGUGUGGAUCACCACCACAGACAAGGACGCCACAAACUCCAUCGGAGAGACAUUCAAGAACAGACUGAAGAUCCCCACCGGCACCAGCAUACACUUCCAGACGCACAAAGAUGCGCAGCACCAGACGAGUAGUGCAAUGAGGCACAUGUACGUCUUAUGACGUCACACCACCACACACUCACACUUGAACCAACCCAACCCCCCCCCUCCAUCUACAACCCCACAAUGACCCACUUCUGUUUGAGACAACGGACAACAUGCUGCGAGAAAAGAGAGAGAAGAGAGAGAUGUGUGAAGAUCUACAGAUGAAGAAGAUCAGUUAUUAUUUUGUGGGCUGUUCAAUUGAGAGGGAGUUGGUUUAAACUAUUUGCCAUCGUUUCUGUUUCUUACUCGCAUCCAUCGUGUGUUGCCCAGACACUUGAAACGAAAAGACAAGAAAAGAAAGGAAGAGACGACGGAAAAAGCAGCAGCAGACUCGAUUCUCCACUAAAACUACAAAAACUAAUUUGAUGAUGAUGGUGGUUUGCUAUAUAAUGAUAUAUAAUGCAGUCAGUACUGUACAAAGGCAGUGUGGCACAGUUUAUGUGCAGCACAACCAAUUGUAUAGCACUAUAUUUUGUACAUUGCAACAUAGUGUGCUUAAUUUGAUUUGAUUGAAGCGAAAUCGGUUUAAAAAAUAGAAGCAAGAUGUGAAGUAUUUUGGGCUCAGUUAAGUCAACUACACAUCCACUCAACAAUACUUUACGACUAUUAUGGAUGGAAGUCAAUGAACUUUCUUAAAAAAUGCUAUCAAAAGAUAGAAAAGGGUUUAUUUCUUCUGCUAUGCUUCCCAAAUGAAUACUUCAGUUAACUUGGCCAAAACGCUUGAAUCUGAUGGUUGAAAUUAAUUACUACGAAAUGUAAUUUAAACAAACUAUUGCAAGAUUGGGGCGUAUUUCAGAUCAGCGCAUCAAAUACCUGACGAUCAAAUCAGAUACGUCCAAAUAUAAAUGAAAUAGUCGAGUAGACAAUGAAUACUUGAUGCUAAAUGCCCACUUGCAAUGAACAUGUUGAUUACACACUAGAGUGGCGAGUGAUCUAUGAUUGUGAAUUAUUCUAACAUGAGCUGGCAUCAUUUGGAAGAACAAAGAAACUCCCAACAAAAGUUAUAGUGUUUUAUUUUUAUUUUGUUGUUUACAUUAAAUUAUUGUUUGUUGUUCUCAAAGAAUUAAGAAGCAAUUCUACUCCUUGUGCUAUUUGUACAGACCUUGUUUCCACCACCCCCCCCCUCUCUCUCUCUCUCUCUCUCUCCCUCAAAUGAAAUCCCCCUCAAUAGCGGCCCUGUCAUAGCUGAAGAGGGAGAAUAUCUA